CCACCAACACCAGCAUCACCACCACCUCCCGUCCUGAUCCGCCCUCUCUGCUCUGCUGUGCUGUGCUCCGGCGUGCAUCGAUGCUGUAGAUGCGUCAGACUGGAACAGGCUGUGUUUGGUCCUGAAUGCAGCAGCCGGGGAGGAUAACAACAUCCUGACAGACACCGCGGAGGACAGCGACACUUCCAGAGGCAGCACUUCGACGCACAGAGCCAGUAUGGACAAUCACGCAUUGGAACCUGAGUCUGUCAGUAUCCCCAUGGAUACCAUGGAGGCCAUAAUAUGUAAUGGAGGCAGCCAGACUCAGCAACAGCAAGAAGCCUCCAUGUUGACCCACCUGAAAAAGGUUGAGAACCAGAUCACUGACGCACAGCAUUUCUCCCACCUCCCCAAACGCUCAGCCGUAGACCUGGAGUUCAUUGACCUUUCUUACACCAUCCAGGAGGGACCGUGCUGGAGAAGAAGAGGUUUUAAAGCCUUACUGAAGUGCCUGUCUGGGAGGUUCUGCAGUCGGGAGCUGAUAGGAAUCAUGGGGCCGUCAGGAGCCGGGAAAUCUACCUUAAUGAACAUUCUGGCUGGAUACAGGGAAACAGGGAUGAAGGGUCAGAUCCUGGUAAAUGGGAAACCCAGGGACCUGCGGACAUUCAGGAAAAUGUCCUGCUACAUCAUGCAGGAAGACAUGCUGCUGCCACACCUCACUGCACGAGAGGCCAUGAUGGUUUCAGCUAACUUAAAGCUGGAUGAAACUAUGGAUGUGAAGAAAAAAUUGGUGAACGAGAUUCUGACUGCAUUAGGGCUCCUUGAGUGUGCACACACUCGAACCAGCUCGCUGUCAGGCGGCCAGUGUAAACGGCUGGCCAUCGCCCUCGAACUGGUCAACAAUCCUCCGGUCAUGUUCUUUGAUGAACCCACCAGUGGUUUAGACAGUGUGUCAUGCUACCAGGUGGUCUCACUGAUGCGCUCUCUGGCACUGGGAGGACGGACCAUCAUCUGCACCAUCCACCAACCUAGUGCCAAACUGUUUGAGAUGUUUGACCAGCUUUACAUUCUCAGUCAGGGACAGUGUAUCUACAAAGGCACUGUCCCUUACCUAAUCCCCUAUCUGAAGACUCUGGGCCUUUAUUGUCCUACCUACCACAACCCUGCAGACUUCAUCAUCGAGGUGGCAUCAGGAGAGUAUGGAGAUUUGAAUCCAGUGCUAUUUGAGGCAGUCCAAGGUGGAAUGUGUGCAUUAGAGGAGAAGAAGAACCCGUGUGAUAACAACGGCACAUCGGUCUGUGCAACAAAGUGCCCAAUGGAUGUUGGACACAUAGAGAGACAUACUUUUGCCACAAGUACAUUAACACAGUUCUGUAUCCUCUUCAAGAGAACCUUCAUAACCAUAUGUCGAGACCAGGUCUUGACCCACCUCAGACUGAUUUCCCACAUCGCCAUAGGUGUGUUAAUAGGCUUGCUGUAUCUGAACAUCGGCAAUGAUGCCAGCAAGGUCUUCAACAACACUGGGUUCCUCUUCUUCUCUAUGCUCUUUAUCAUGUUUGGAGCACUCAUGCCAACUGUGUUAACCUUUCCUCUGGAGAUGUCGGUUUUCUUGCGGGAGCAUCUUAACUACUGGUACAGCCUGAAAGCCUACUACCUGGCCAAGACCAUGGCUGAUAUCCCUUUCCAGGUGAUCUGCCCCAUCAUGUACUGCAGCAUAGUGUACUGGAUGACAGAGCAGCCUCCGGAGGCUAGCCGCUACCUACUCUUCAUAGCCCUGUCCACCUGCACCGCCCUGGUAGCCCAGUCCCUAGGCUUGCUGGUUGGGGCAGCCUCCAACUCACUACAGGUAGCCACAUUUGUUGGACCUGUCACAGCUAUCCCAGUGCUGCUUUUCUCUGGAUUCUUUGUGAACUUUGACACAAUCCCCAAAUAUCUGCAGUGGAGCUCCUAUGUGUCCUAUGUCAGGUAUGGCUUUGAAGGGGUGAUCCUGUCCAUUUAUGGGAUGAACCGUUCGGAGCUGGAGUGUCCAGGGAAGGUGUGUAAGUUCCAGCAGCCUGAAGAGGUUCUGCAGUUGUUGGAUGUGGAAGAUGCAAAGCUCUACAUGGAUUUCAUCGUGCUGGGCAUUUUCUUUAUCAUCCUGCGGCUGGCCACCUACCUUGUCCUCCGCUACAAGGUCAAGUCUGAACGAUAGGUUCCACUUGGCUCGUCUUCCAAAUCUCAAGGCCCUCCUCUAAUAUCAUUCCAGACCUGGUCUCUUUUCUGUGCACAGAAAACAACCUCCCUCAUGUGGGAAUUUGUUUUAUUUCAUUUUUUCUGAACUGCUGCUAAAGGGACACAACAUAAAUUCUGAUCUGUUCUACUGCCAACAGCUGUGCAGGGCAGUGACUGACGAUGCAGAGCAGGGAACGGUCAUCUUAUAAAUCAACAUUUACCUAUUUUACCUCAGACAUCAGGACUUAACUCCAACACACAAAUCCAGGACACAAGGAGGAGGACACAAUGGAGACUGCGCCACAUUCUGCAGCAUAUCCUGUACGUUUCAUAUUCCUGCAAGACAGAAAUGUUUUGAGAACAAGCCGGGCCUGACAAAAACUUAUUAAGGUUGACAUGCAUGUUUAUUCUACACUGUUUGCUGCCUUUCUGUCAGUGUUGGAGUGUCAGGACUUUGGUCCACAAAACUGCCCCAUUGAGAAAAUCAAGCGCAGGGUGUUUACAUUGCUCAAUUAGUCAAAACGGUUGCACUGGAGAAUAAGUGUGAUGAAUUGUGCCUGACAGAGUGAACACUGGAUGAAAGAAGUUUGUUUGAGAAAGUUUUUGCUCUAUAUUUUAGCUGUCAUAUAUACCUGAACUUGGGUGAUAUAUUGUCCCAAAACAUUUAUUUCUUGUGUAUGAAAAUCUGAUAAUUGUGAGCUAGACUGUUUUUUAACAUGUUAAUAGUUGUAAAUUAAGCUUUAUCAUGAUUGUCUACCCAAAUUUGGUAUUUUUUGUACUUCCACAAUCUAAUCUAAAUAAUCUUUAAAAUCUUAGUUUGAAUAAAAUUAUUCAGCCUUAAUUAUUUUAUACUGUACUGUAUUAUCUUUAGUAAUAUAUGCAUAUGCAAUUAUAUCAUUGUAUUUAAAAAUAAUAGAUGGAUUGUUGUAUCGUUAUUCUUUUGUGUCCUCACUACAUUCAGUUAUGUCACAAGGACACAACAUGCUCAUGCAGUCAUGUUUGGUGCUAUUGCUAUCAGAGGUUUCAUGUUUUGUUUGAAUUACAUAGUACAAAAAAUGAUAUGCAUCUGGACUGCACAUUGCAAAGAUACUGAACAACCAAAGAAAACUGGAAGUAUGCUUACAUUUUUAUUUACUAUGUAUUGACAAUCGUUUCAUUUUUUUGUUUUUUUUUGUUUGUUUUUUUGUUGGUGUGCGUGUCUCUAUGUGUGUGAGUGUGUAUUUGCUGGGGAGGGUGGCGCAACUGACAACUUGUAUGCUCAUUCAUUCUCUUUUGAAACCUAUAUUUUGGAGAACCUAUCGCUGAACUGUACUGUACAGCUACAUAAAGUGUCUGCUAUUCUAAUAAACACAGAUCUGACUAAUUAAUUUAAAUAUCUCGUGUUUAUUAAUGUUCUGUGAAAACACGUUCUUCCACAGAGUGUCGUGUCCAGGAAGAAUCAGUCUCAUCUGGCUACUUUUGAUAUGAAAGUCCUGUGACCUCUGUUCUACUUCCAGAUGUUUGAAAUCUUCUGAUCAUUAAGCGUGAACCCAGCUACCCUGUCUAGAGGCCGCAAUCCCCUGCUUAUGUUCAAAAGUUUCAAAGCUUAUAACCCUUUUUCUUUUGGCACAUCCAGUACAUUUAGAGCUACGCCAUCAGGCUCAGUUCCUCCUCACA